AGCUUGGGCCUUAGGCCUGACCCAGCCCCACUAUGGCUUCAGCUUUGGAAGAGCUACAGAAAGAUCUAGAAGAAGCAAAGGUGUUGCUGGAAAAAGCCACUAGGAAAAGAGUACAUGAUGCCCUUACAGCUGAAAAAUCCAAGAUCAAAACAGAAAUCAAGAACAAGAUGCAACAGAAAUCACAGAGGAAAGCAGAACCUCUUGACAACGAAAAGCCAUCUGCUAUGGUUGCUCCCAUUACAACGGGAUAUGCAGUGAAAAUCAGUAAUUAUGGAUGGGAUCAGUCAGAUAAGUUUAUGAAAAUCUAUAUUACCUUAGCUGGUGUUCAUCAAGUUGCCACUGAAAAUGUGCAGGUGCAUUUCGCAGAGAGGUCAUUUGACCUUUUGGUUAAGAAACUAAAUGGGAAGAGUUAUUCCAUGAUUGUGAACAAUCUCUUGAAACCAAUCUCUGUGGAAGGCAGUUCAAAAAAAGUUAAGACUGAUACAGUUCUUAUCUUAUGUAGAAAGAAAACAGAAAAUACACGAUGGGACUACGUAACUCAGGUUGAAAAAGAAUGCAAAGAAAAAGAAAAGCCCUCCUAUGACACUGAAACAGAACCUCGUGCGGGACUGAUGAAUGUUCUAAAGAAAAUUUAUGGAGAUGGAGAUGAUGGUAUGGAGCGAACCAUUAAUAAAGCUUGGGUGGAAUCAAGAGAGAAGCAAGCCAAAGGAGACACAGAAUUUUGAGACUUUAAAGUCUUAUUGGGAACUGUGAUGUGGCUAUGUUGAUGUUUCCAACAAGGGAAUGUUGGUGAGGUGCAUAUAUAAAUUUCACAGAUAACUAUUUACAUAACCUCCUUCUAAGUAAAA